AUGAUAAUUCUAGUUCCGGCGCCGCUUCUUCGUGGCUGGAGAAUCCUGACCCUACAGGCCCAGCGCUGGCACAGAACAGUGAUCUAUCUGCUUCGCCCCCUUUACCUCAUCAGGUAUAUCUCUCUUCUCAUUCUAGGACUUAUCUUCAUCUUUCGCUACCUCUUGGUAAUCAAGAACAUGCUCCCAAUAUUCCAGUUUAUUACUUUUCUAUUGACUGUCUGGACUGGAGAGUGCAUGAAAGCCCGCUACUCUGGAAUUUACGAGUUACGCCCUCUCCUUAUAGACGAGCCCUGGAAUAACCUCAAUCAGACGUUUACUGAUAAAUAUGUUUUCUACGAGGCAGACGUGUGGAUUAAGCUUUUCACGUCCAACGUUCUGGCGAUCAUCAUGAGCUUCACAGAACUCGGAAAGAGAGGCCUUCGCCUUCUUCCAUUUGUGUUUUCACUGAUAGCUGAUGUUCUUCUCCAGAUACUGAGACCAUAUGGGAAGUUUCGAGCCAUGGGCUACAACAAGGGCUUGUUGCACUGCAUCAUAGACAGCUGCCAAUACAUGAACAGGGCUCUCCGGAACCGACUUUAG